AUGAAUAUAUUUUCCUUAAGAACAUACAUAUUUCAUAGGCAUUAUCCUCCAUUAUUUUGGCAAAAGAUAACUGUUUUUGUUAUCACUUUUAUUUCUUUUGCUUUAUAUCAUGCAUCGAGAAAAAAUUUGUCUGGUGUUAAAGUUUCAAUUGCAAAUGAUUGGAUAAAUGGUACAACAUAUUAUGGACAAAAUACUACAACACCUCUUUUUGAAAAAGUAACUGAAGCUAAGAAAUUUCUUGGUUUUCUUGAUGCCUUAUUUAUGGCAUUUUAUGCAGGAGCAUUAUUUUUUUGGGGAUAUAUUGGUGAUAGAUUAAAUCCAAAAAAUGUUGUAACAUUUGGUAUGGUUACUUCAGGAAUUUCUCUUGGUCUUUUUUCACUUGUACCUUAUUAUUUUAAUUUUUAUAAUAUACCAUGGUAUCUUGUUAUGUGGGCUUUCUUUGGUGUGGCACAAGCUUGUGGUUGGCCAAAUAAUGUUGCAAUAAUGGGUAAUUGGUUUGGUAAGGGUAAUAGUAAUAGUAAAAAUAGUGGUACUGGCUUUAUUUUGGGAUUAUGGUCGGCUAAUCAAAGUGUUGGAAAUAUUUUUGGUUCUCUUGUUGUAUCAAUAAUUAUCAAAUAUGGUUAUAUGAAAACUUUUAUAGUAAAUGUUUUAUUGUUGUUUUUUGGAGCUAUUUUAGUUAAAUAUAGUAUUCAUCCAUCUCCAAAAGAUUAUCAAAAUUUAAGUGAUGUUGGAGAGGUUGAUAGUAGUGAGUUUACUACUGAAAAUGACAAUCAACUUGACUCUACACAAACUGUUUCAAUGGUUAAUUCUAAUGUGACUGUUCGUGUACGGUCUAGUAGUAACAGUAGUAGAAAUUCACAAAUAAAUUCUUAUGCACCGGAAUCAGAAAUUAAAGAACAUAUUUCAUUAUCUAAAGCUAUUCUUUUACCUGGAGUUGUUCCUUAUUGUUUAUGUAAUGCAUGUUUAAAAUUGGUUAAUUAUGCUUUCUUUUUUUGGUUACCAUUUUAUCUAUCAGGAAAUUAUCAUUGGUCAGAAGCUGCUGCAAAUAGAUUGUCUAUUUGGUAUGAUAUUGGAGGAAUUUUUGGAUCAGUUUUAGGUGGUAUAAUUUCUGAUAAAAUUGGUUAUAGAACACCAGUUAUAAUGGGAAUGCUUAUGAUAAGUAUACUUUGUCUUCUUAUUUAUUCUAAUUUAGGAGCAAGUCAAUUUUUAAAUAUGAUUGUCAUGUUUUUCCUUGGUGCAUCUAUUGCUGGACCAUAUAAUUUAAUUGUUGGAACAAUAUCUGUUGAUUUAGGUACCCAAAAAGCUUUAAGAGGUAAUAAAGAAGCUAUGAGUACAGUUAGUGGUUUGAUUGACGGUACAGGUUCUGCUGGUAGUGCUUUUGGACAAAUUUUGAUUCCUUUUGUUCAAGAUAAUUUUGGUUGGAGUCGUGUAUUCUAUAUGUUUAUAAUUACGAAUAUUCUUGCUAUUGUAUGUUUACUUCAAAGAUUUAUUCAAGAUAUUCGAGAAAUUAUGACUUCCAGAAACACAUCAACUGCUCGAAUUUCAUAA